GGUGAAUAAGGGGUCAAAAAUUACAAGAAAUUACUAGAAAGUUCCUUGCUGCACUGCGUAUCAUGUUGUUGAAGUUGUCCUUGCCCCAUGCAGACCAACCGGCCAAAUCGACAUGUGCCACUCCAUAUCUCCUUUAUUCGCCCUUGUUGCAAAAUAUCCAUUCUUCUUCCUCCUCGUCUUUGGCAGCAGCAGCAGCACAAAUUUAGCUCGGUCUUCAAAAGCUUUAAUUUCUUGGCACAAAUUGAUAGUGGUUUAUUUAUGAGUACGUGCCAUUGUAGCAGUCAACUCAUGCAACUGUUAACACUGGUCCAUCAUUAGUACACAGUAAAAUAAACAAACAAAACUCAUAAAUAUUCAACAUUAUUAAUAGCACUGGUAAGAAGUAAACCACAAAGUUUAGCACUUUGACCCACGAAUACACCACACAAUUAAAAACAGCAUGUCUUCUGUGUCUCGUGGACCUCCGGGGGGAAUUGCCGGAUCUGGAUGUGACGUGUGGGGGAGUGCGAACAGGGGUGCCACACCCUCGGGAACCUGGGGCGUGGACGUCGCCAGCAUCGUCCCCGUGUCCAUGGAUAGUGUGUUUACCAGCAUAAACGUGGAGGAAACUGUGACCAACAUCAAGACAGAUGUGAAAUCUUUGGUUAACUGCCAGGAUAAAGAAAAACAAUCCAUUGCAGUUUCUUCUAUCGCGGAGAAAGUGGAUUCUCUUAGAAAAUUGUUGCAAAUGGAAGCAGAAUGUCACGAAAGGAAAGCAGAGUAUUUUCAGAAAAUCUGUGAUUCUGUCAUGAUCUCGAGUUUGUUGGAAUGUGGAAUCCCCCUCCUUCGUGGAAAAGGGGCUCAACUUCUGUACCAUCUUUUCAAGCGUGAAGAUCAAGCUUCCACCCCGGCAUACGUCAAGCUUAAGGAUAAGUCAAUCUAUACGGAUUUGGUCACUUUGGUGGAUAGUUGUGAGGGAGAAGUAGCAAAAUUCUGGGGUCUUUGUGCUCUGGAAUUUUUUAUUCGUCUCAGUGCAGCAGCAAGAAAUGCUUUUAUGGUGGAAUCUGAUGGGGUGGCAAUACUUAUGCGGAUCAAAGAUGGUUAUUCGCACUCAGUUGAUCUGCAGAAUGCAACGGACCGAGUUUUAAUCAGUCUAGAGAAGGGUGAUCGAGGUGCGAAUCGUAAUUUUGGUCCUGUGUAUCAGCCCCCACCUCAGUACCAACAACAACAACAACAACUACCACGAUACCAACAGCAUCAUAAUGAGGAUAGAAGACCAGGAACAGGAAGAGAUUUUCCCACUAUUGGCAUUUGGCAGCCACCUCCACCACCCCCGCCAACGGUCGCGGCUGUUGCUCCUGUGACAUCAUCACCUGCAUCAUCUGGAAAUCAACCUAUACCGCCGUCGUCGUCGUCAGCCCCUCCUCCUCCAAGGGGUCCGACUACUUCUACUACUGCACCGCCACGAGCAGCAGCAGGCACCUUCGCUAUAGGAGCCUGGUGCCCAGAGAAACCUUAGUGAAUUGAGUACAUGGCAAUAUGGAGAGGAGAAAAAAAGACUGAUUUAAAAAAAUCGCACACCUUUAAUUAACCCAUCUCUAGUAGUAUUAGUUUAGUAGUAGUAUCACUUAUCCUUUACGUUGUUAUUAUUAGGUUAAGAUUAUCUUUACUUUAUUUCAUCAUUAUUAUUUGCGCAUGAAUAACAAUAACGCUCUCGAUCGACCACCCCAGAUCUCGUCUGUUUAAAAGUUUUAUUCAAUCUUUAAGUUAUUUCAUUAGCCCAUAUCCAUCUCAUGGGCUCAAUUAUUUUCUUAGCUGGUUAGUUUGAUUAUAAAUGCGAUUCAAAACAAAAACACACAAACCAGGAGGUAUACUUGUACUACCCCUUCAUUCAUACCCAAUAAUACAAUGUAAUACAAUGGAUGAAUUGUAUUGACCUACCUACUCCAAUAGUCAUUCAUUUCACACUGCCUGUAUGUAUCUACUUUAUCCAGAUAGAAGUUAAACCCUGAAUUUAUUAUCUUUGGAAUGAUAUAAUGGACAAACCUUCUGCAAGAUUAGUAGUUACAAUAAUACUAUUACUACUUCCAUUGAACUUGGAGUCGGCCCCCAGAAACAGAAGACAUUACCAGGACUUUGAGAGUACGAGCGGAAGCGAGGAGGAGGAGGAUUCUCAUUCUGAUGAAUUAAAUUAUGGGCAGGAUGAAAAUUAUGAAGAUAGUUAUGAAACAGCCAAUGACGAAGAAGAUGAUUACUACCAGGACGAACCCAACUCUUCUUCGAGAAUCGAAUCUGACCAAGGAGGAAGAUCCAUGGGUGACAGUAAUGCCAGACCACUUUCUCCCUAUGGAAACACCCCCGGUGGAUAUGCACAAUACAGCCCAAGUGGUUAUGCCCCUUCUCCAGGCUCAUAUCCUCUAUCAAGCUAUGGGAAACCAUUCCAAGGUGGCCCCACACGGCCGAUUGUUGCAGGAUAUGAUGCCGGCUGUAAUAACCAGAAAGUGGGAACGGUAGUCGCUAACUCGAAAGCAGACAUGGGCCAAUCGACCGCAAAUGCAGCCAGCAUGCGUGGAGGAAACGUUUUGGCGAAUGCUGUAAAUGGAACUCGGGCCGUUGCAAAUGCUCUUACAAACUGUGGUGGCGAUUCACAAGCAAAUUCAAAAACUUGGGGAAGUGGUGGGUCUCUGUCUAAUUCCAUCGCGAAAGGGUAUGGAAGUGCUCUUAGUACUUCAGAGUCUAAUGGGGUGGGAUCAGCGAGGGCGAAUUCAAAUGCAAAAUCAGGAACGGCCAAAACGAAUUCGAUUGCAAGAGGAGGAGGUGAUGCUAUAAGCAAAUCGAUCACAAGUGCUGGUGGAAAUUCGAUUUCAAACUCAUGGGCCACCUUAGGAGGCAGUGCCAAGUCAACAUCCCUCACAAAAAACGGUGGAAACGCGUUAUCUUCAUCCACGUCGAUGGGAAGUGGGGACGCCAUAUCUGUAGCAGUUGUUGAUUGAAUUAUAGUGUCACUUUAUGAUUCGGUUGAGUUACCCGACUUGAGAAGUAGGUGUUUAAAGGAUUACAGUUUACUUUUUUUAAAUUGUUCCUCUCAUCUGAGUGUCAAAGCUGAAAUUAAUUUACCUAAUCCUUAAUUCAUCCUACUUAUGAAAAUGGCAACAAUAUUUCAAAAUGUCUCUGUGUGUAUUGAACAGAUAAAAUAGUAUAAAUUCAUGUUCUACUAAUCUCAAUAAAAAUGUAUGUACAAUCCAAA